CGGUUCAUCACGAUCGUGAUCAUGAUCAUCAUCAUCAUCAUUAUUUUCUUCUUCUUCUUCCUCCUCCUCCUUCCGCCUCCACCCGCGACAGCGGCACAGCAACGUGGCAUUUUGCGCGCGUCAUCCUGGAUGCACGAAAUUAACCUCUUCUCCCCCAUGCAGCAAGGCUCGUGUAACCAGUUACCGGCGCCCUGGCUCAGAAGCUUGCAGCAUACCGGCCACUCUCUGACGUUGGCUCGUCGAUGUGGCGUCGCCAUGGGGCCCGCCCGACUCGGGCCUUGCCCUCCUCAGUGCUCAAACUCAACCCCCAAACGCUGGGCGGGAGUUGCCCGCGCCGCCUGUCCUUCGAAUGAGGCUCACGGCUGCUGCUGCUGGGGGUGAGGACCUGGUGCGAUUAGUUAUCCCGAGGCUCUCUCCUGGCCAGGGACUGCUGUACAGACGGCGCGGCGAGCGGUUCGUGCGGUCGUGUAGACCCUCAAACUUCGUCCUUCGUUUUGUUUCUCCCCCCUUUCGAAUUUGCCAAUCCGUCCUUUGCUCUCAAUCGUCAGCUUCUUCGCCGUCGCCACGUGAGUUGUACGGGCCGAGUUGACGCACGUCCUCCCUUUCUGGACACACUCACCCGCUUGAUAAUAGAUCUGGACUGAGCCGGCCAGCAUCACUGUGCAGAUCUUAUCUGGCCGUGUUAAUAAUUGUCAUUGUUCCCAAUAGUUGGUCAUGAUUUCCCGUCUCCCUGUGGACGCAAAUCGGGCCAGAGUCGCCCACGGGGCUGUUACGAUGCAGGCCACUGUCCAGAAUGUUUCCCGGACAUUAUCAUCACCCAGGAUUCCCCUGGCAGUCUGCCUGAACCCUGCGGAUCACGAAAAUGGAGCUCGCGAUAAUAGCUGGACCCAGUGCGCGCAAGACAGGGUACCUACUUACCAAAGUGAGUAGAGGUAGUGGACGGUCCACAACUGCGAACUCCACACGCUACACACGGUCCACGCACAAUGAACGAACGCCAGGUUCAUCCGAUAACCCCCCAUGUCCGAAGAGACUCACCCUGUAUCUCCGACGGUCCUUCCUGUACUGUAGUGCUAAUUACGUAGUGACAUUGCGUCUCACCAAAAAGAUCUGGAGAACGUGACAUGGUUCGGCGGGUCUGGGCCUUGCCGGGC